AUGCCCAGUUCAGUUGCACCCCCAUUCCUUCAUAUCACCAUCACCGAAUUACAUUCUACAUUCGGAGCCGAGAUCAGCGGUGUCAACUUCUCACGGCCGGUAGAUAAAGAGGUCUUCCAAGAGAUUCUAGCCGCCAUCAGCAAGCAGUACGGCGUCUGCGUGUUUCGCAAUACAGCCCUCGACGACGCUCACCACGUCGCAUUCGCCGCGCAGUUCGGCGAAUUAGACGACGUAACGCCUUACAUAUCCGGCGGACGAGCCCACCGUCUAUCGGACGUCCGUCUGUUCGACGUAAGCAACGUCGAUCUCGACGGUAUGGUCUUCCCAAUCGAUAAUGUCCGACGGGAAUGGAAUAAGGGCAACGGACUCUUCCAUGUCGACUCAAGUUUCAACCCCCGACGAGCCGCGUACUCACUCCUCCGAGCGCACGAACUUCCACCCCCAAACAUGGGCGGAGAGACCGAGUUCGCAGAUGUCCGAACUGCCUUCGCCGACCUUCCGCCUUCUCUCCAGGCUGAGCUUCGCGAGCGGGAUUACAUAGCUGCACACUCGCUCUGGCAUUCUCGUAAGGUCGCUGCGCCAGAGACGUUUGUAGAUAUCGAUCCGGCCGAGUACCCGAUGAGUCGGCACCGCUUACUCCAGCGACAUGAGGCGUCUGGUCGGGAGACGCUGUAUAUAGCGGCGCAUAUCCAUCACAUUGAAGGGUUAGAGGACGACGCGUCGAAAGCGCUGUUUGAACGGCUAUUCGGACAUGCGACGCAGCCGGAGUAUGUUCUUCGAGUGGGGUGGGAGAAUGCGGGGGAUUUGGUGCUCUGGGAUAACACGAGUGUGAUGCAUCGGGCUGUUGGGGGGAAAUUUGAGGGCAAGUAUCGACGGGAUAUGCGUAGGGCCACGGUGCAUGAUAGUAGUAGCUUGGCGUGGGGAUUGAAUGAACAUACCGAGGAGCGACAAGGUUUGCCUUGA